UUAGCAUGCAUAUUUAUAUAGAUACGCACAUCUGUUUGUCAGGGUUGUGUGCAUAUACACAUACAUUAUACACAUAGAACAUCUGCAUAAAAUGCAGAUCUAGGCGCAGAGUCAAAUCUGCCUCUACCUAUCUAAUCCUGCAACACGCUCAUGUACCGCUUGAUGUUUGUCUGCCUGGCAGCAGCGUGGCUGUUAAAUGAAAGGUUUUUUUUUUUUAUGAGUGUUUUACAUCGGGGUGUGUGUGUGAAAUGUUGGGGUUUUAUGACAUCACAUGGCUAAAGCGCCCAAUCAGCUUCCAGAUUUGAGAAAUUAUUUGGUGGGGUGUUUCCUACCAUAUACUGUACUCCGGGAGCUUGGUCUUUAAGAAAGCAGCCCAGCAAAAGGUGGGGACUCCCCCGCAGGAUUCCAUGCGAUACCAUUUUUAGCCCACCACCUCCACCUCCACCUCCACCGCUUUGUUUGCUUAGCAUCUCCCUGGCAGUGCCCAGCAAAAGGGGGGGACCUGCUGGCUGGUUUCUUUUCGGAGAGAGGUUAUUUUUGAAGCGGAAGGUGGUGGUGGUGGUGGUGGGAGUGUGGGGGGGGGGGAGUCUUGGAAGGCGGCAAGAUGCUUGGCUUCUUUAUUUUUCUUUCUCUCUCGCUGCCUUUUUUGGUUGGGGAGGGGGAAGGUGAGAAAUCUAGCCCCAGCGCAGGAGGGGGAACUGGGUGUUUGGAAGAUGUUGCGAAUCAUUGACUGGAGCGUUUGAAAGGGAAAUCGACGGCUUUGCAGCUUCCCCCCAACACACACCCACCCCCCUUCUCCCCUUUUUUUGUGGGUCGGAUUGGUGAUCAAGGAGUGGGAACGCAGAUGCCCUUCUUUCCAAUGACCCCGGGGGAAGAGACAGAGUAAAUUCUCCUUGCAACAUGUUCCUGACCUGCGAAGGGACCUUCGGAAUGGUGCCAGCCACCAUGGAUUACAAGGGGGAAGCCAGGCCAGGGGAAUUCCAGACUGGCUACCAAGAAAUCGAAGGGAUAAACCUGGGAUACUUACAGAUCAAUGGCACACAGAUGUUUGCUUUGGCCCAGGUCCUCAGCGACCUGUUUAAGGAUAUCCCCAGGACCACCAUCAGCAAGAAGAUGGAGACCUUAAAGAUCAAGAGCCGCCGCUGCGAUCUCAGGGAGCUCCGGACCCUCAAAGCCAUCAACUCCGUGCCCACCCGAGCGGUGAAAUGCUCGCUCAUCUCCAAGGCAGACCUGGAGGCGCUCUGCACCUCCUGCAAGAGCCUCAGCCCCCGCAGGAGGAAGAGGAAGAGGAGGGAGCAGCUGCUGCUGCCGGGCCCCGCGGAUCUGUUCGACUGCCCCCGGCAGCCGCUGCGGUCCCCAUACGGAGCCGGCCCCUACUGCACCCAGAAGCCGGGGAUCUGCACCGAGCUGGCCCCCGCACCCCAUCCCGCCCCGGCCGGGCUCUUCCAAAACUAUGACAAAGCCACCCGGGGCAGGAAGGGCUACGGCCUGGAAGGACGCGGGGGGCUCUUCUCCGGCGUGUUGAGCGCCUGCCCCCGGGACCUCCAGCUGCUCCACUCGGCAGCCCGGGCGCACGGAGCCGGGCAGGCGUCUCCCCAGCCAGAGCCCGGCCGGCCCAAGCGGGGCUCCUGCUGCUCCAAAGGGCUCUUUCCCGAGGAGAAGGGCCCGGGGGCGGCCAGGAAAGGCCGCCUCUUCCCGGGCUGCAAGAGGCAGGGCACCUCGGCCGGCUACUCCAGCGACUCGGAUUCCAGCCUGGACUUCGGGGGCUCCAGCCCGGCCACCUCCAGCGACUCGUCGGAGGAGGAGGAGGAAGAGGAAGAGGAGGGGGACACGUCGUGCAGCAGCGAGGAAGGCAGCUCCUCGGAGUCGGAGAGCAGCUCGCUGUGCAGCGGGGACUCGGUGCAGAGCACCCGCUACAGGCAGGCGGCUCUGCCCAGGUUCCAGCAGCUGUCCCACCCCCCCAGAGAGCCCAGCGGAGACGAGAGGCUCCCGGAGCCCCACAAAGCAGCCCUGCGUCCCGAUCCCAACCUCCUGCUCCUCUCCCAGCAGCUCUGGGCCAGGACUCUGAGAGCGUCAACUUUGGAAAGUUUGAGGCCGCUUCCAGCCCUGGGAGCCGGGGCUCCGCAGCAGCAGCCGGAGCUAGCGUGCGCAAAGCGGGAGGCCCCCUCCUCCCGUUCCUCCCCGAGCUGCAGCUACCCUGUGGGGGACCCACAACAAAAGGCGGGAGGCUGUGGGGCGACAGAGCCCUGCGCCAAAGGGGAGGAUUUGCACAAAGAUGCCUCAAACAAUGCAGCCUCGUUAGGCCCCAGUGACCAAGCAGAGAGGCAGCUCGCUGCGUUAGCCGGGCGAUCUGCUUCCCAAGAGCCAGCCCUGGGCUCAGCUCCUCCGCUCUCAGCUCAGGAAUUCGCAGGGAGCCUCAGCCCGGCUCCCCAGAGGGCCUUAGGGGAGCCCAGGAGGGAGCAUUUCGACAGGCUCAUCAGGCAAUCCAAGCUGUGGUGUUAUGCAAAAGGGUUCAACGCGGAUGGGAAAAGUUUGCGGCCCGGAGGGAAGACGGAGCCGUGCAAAGAGGCCGAGCUCCAAUGCCCCGGCUCCAAAAGCGCACCGAGCCCCAGCCCCUUGUCAAACAAAGCUUUGAAAGGCAAUGGCUCGGAAAGGAAUUCCAAGCGCAGACGCCUUGCCAGAGGCGUUGAGGCAGAACGGCAACAAAACUCCAGUAAGGGGAGGCCACAAAAGACUCCGAGGAGGAAUGUCCAAAAGGGAAAGGCCCAUUGCAAACGCCUGGCCAGCGCCGGGCCAGCCCCAGGCAGGAAUUCCUUCAGCCUCAUGGGCAACUUCCCCUGCACCCCUUCCCUGGUAGUGGGGGAGGAUGGGGAUCUGCGUCCCGCCGCCUCCCUGUGCGUAAAGAACUCCAGAGCGCUUUCCAAAACGCACCCGUUGUGGAGUUGGCAGGUGGGCGGCAGCGCCCUCCCUGUGCCCCCCAGCCUCAAAUUCCGGGGCUGUGGCCUGGAGGGUUUCUAAACGAGGCCAGAUGAAUGUUCGCCAGCCAGGUUUACAUGCAACAGUUGAGGGAGGGGGAGAGGGAGAUGGGAACCGGAUUAAUCCCAAAGACCGAAGGGAUCUGAAGUGCCCAACUGGAGACGCCUUGAUUUUCAGGAAGGGCUGAGCACCCCAGCUUCUAACCCACCCGCAGCGCCCUUUAAGGUGUCUGACCCCCAAAUCACGUUAGGAAACCUUGGCCACAUAUAUCUACUGCUGGGAAUUUGGAGAGGGGGAGGAAAGGGAUUUCAACUCUGGUUUCUUUUUUGGGUGGUCCAUCUUUCGGGGGUUCUGUGCGAAAGUAAAACACCCGCUCCCAAACCAGGUCAGCUGGAGGAAUACCUCACCCCCUUUACAUUCAGUGGUUUAUUCCAAGCAGGGUGAUUUGGACUAAAAUGUGCAUAUUGACUGGGAAGUGUUCAAGUAGUCCUGCCCUCCUUCCCCUCUCCAAGCUAAAGGAGAACUGUCCUCCCUUUCCAUUCACCCCAAGUUAAUUGUAUAUUGUCCCUUCCCACUUCCUCUGCGUUUGUGGGAGAAUUUAAUGCUGUCAUCCCAACACACAUUAAACUGAUCUCAUCAAAGCUUUCUCUUAAAAAAAAAAAAGCUGAAGAAAGAAAAGAAUGGAUCUAAUUCCUCCUUUCCUUGAUACAUGCAUUGGAUUAAAAUAAUAACAAUCACAUGCAGAGAGAAAGAAUGAUCUCUUUUAUAGAAAAAAUACCCCCUCUUUUGCAUUAAUCAAUCUCAUACGAAAAAUUGCAAGCAGCUAUUUAAACUAAAUAAUCUACUUUAACUACCAAAGAGAAAAAAACCAUAACCCCUCCCACACACACUAAAAAGAAUAGGGAGUUUUGUCUGCAAAAAGAAAACAGGCGGGUUUCAGAGGAAGUUAUUGGAAACUUCUGCAUGUAAAUGAAAAAGAAAAAAGAGUUGUUUGCUGGAUACCCUAAGUCGGAUAGCCUAAAGGUAGCAGGCCUGUAAAAGCUUUAUUGACGCAAGAAAUAGGAGCCAGGAGCAUUAGGAAUAAAGUACAGAUGGACAAUUUGAUCUCUAUUAAGCUCCAAAGUGGAAUGCGGAGAAGAAUGUUAAGAGAAAGUUUCUCUUGUCUGUAAAGGAAAUCAUAUCUCAGUCUAACUCUGCUUACAAACCAGUGUCUUGUAACUGGCCCUUUCGACUGUUUCUGAUUUGAUUUCACCCCUCUCUGACAUCAAAGUUCAACUGGCUCUGAAGUCUGUUCUGUUUUGGAAAUGUUAGACAAAUCAAAGUGACUGUGAGGGCUUUUUUGUUUGGUUGGUUUUUUUGGUUUUUUUGGUUUUUGUUUUUUUUUCUCCCACUCUUUUCCAGCCUAAAAUAUUUUCAACAAAACGCGGAUCUGACACAGUCUAAGACCCUGCGAUUCCCUCACUUUCAACACAUUGGUGUGAAUGUUUUAAUUUCCCCCCCUCUAUAGUGUUAUAAUUGACUCCAGCCCACAUCGUAUACAUGGGGUUUUACUUACAAUAGAAAGAAAAGAAAAGAAAAGAAAAGAAA